GGCAAACUUUAUUUGAUAGCUAUGGCAUUCAUAUUGGUAUUCAUAUCCAGAGUUGUGUAUCUCCCAAUCCAACCCAAAGUCAGACAAUACAGUUAAUAGGCAGUGACCUGAUCCUAGCUGUUGUUUAUGGACCCUAAUGCCAAGUCGCCCAUAAUUGUUUUGUCGCCAUUCCCCUUUCCCUUUAUUAGCUCCAAUACCAAUCUCAAUUGUACAAACAGACAAGCAACAGCGUUGGAUAGAGAGAUGAAGAUCCAAUGUGAUGCGUGUGACAAAGACGAGGCAUCUCUAUUCUGUCCUGCAGAUGAAGCCGCUCUCUGCCAUGCCUGUGACCUUACAAUCCACCAUGCUAACAAGCUCGCAAUCAAGCACACGCGCUUCACUCUCCACCAGCCUUCCUCCAAAGACACCCCUCGCUGCGAUAUCUGCCAAGAAAGGCGUGCAUAUCUGUUUUGCAAAGAAGACAGAGCAAUACUUUGCAGAGAAUGCGAUGUUCCUAUCCACAAAGCCAACGAACACACGCAGAACCAUAGCAGGUUCCUUCUCACUGGUGUGAAGCUCUCUGGUUCCUCUCUCGACACGGCUUCAUCAUCAUCAGUCACCAGCUCAACUGAGGCAAGAAGCUCCCGUUCAAGAAUGAAGAGACCCACUGCUUUCAAUAAUGAGCACAAUAUGUCUGCGGCUACUACUAGUAAUAGUGACACCGGUUCGGCUUCCUCAAGCAGCAUAUCCAAAUUCUUGAUUGAAACCAUUCCCGGUUACUGCUUCGAAGACCUUCUCGAUGCUUCCUUUCCACAUAAUAAUGGUUUCUGUAAGAAUCAACAUUUAAUGUCAGUGACAAUAUGUGGUUAUUAUUUUCAACUUGGAUUGUUUCCCAGAUCAGUUCUGUAGUUGGAGUUCGAUGUCAAGGAAUCUGGAAAUUACUGAUACAGAAAGUUUUUGGCUCUAGAGUUCCUCAACUUAGCCAUCCGAUCUUCAUUAACAACUAAUUGUAAAAAUCUGUUCCAAAAUAUCCUCUCUGCUUUUCUACAAUUCGCACUUGUUUGUGUUUAUUUGUCCAUAUCUUUACAUUUUUUUUAAUCAUCAUUUUUGACGUUUGA